AUGGCCAAGAAAGCCAAAUCCAAACAAGCUGAGCCAGAAGCUCCUGCCAAAGGGAAGAAAAAAGGAAAUGACUCCAAAUCAUCCUCACCCGCCCCGACUUCGGAUGAUAUCAAAAAACCUCAACGAGGAUUAGCCAUCGGAGAAAAUUUUGGUUGGACCGGGAAAUUACCAGUGACAUUAUUAAAUGAACAUUGUCAGAAGCAAAAAUGGGGGAAAUGUCAAUAUGACAUGUCAAAGAAACCAAAAGGAUUUGUGGGGAUUGUGACUUUGACUUGGGAAAACCCUAAAACCAAAGAAUUGAUUUCAAUUAAAUAUGUGCCUGAUUAUGAACCUAAAGCGACUACUAAUGAAGCUAGACAUAUGGCAGCGACUUUUGUAUUGCACAGGAUUAAUUAUAUUAAAAACAUGAAGAUGUUGCUUCCGAUUAUAUUUAGAGAUUACUGGCUGGAGUUGGAAGAAAAGAGGCUAAAGUUAUUGCAGGAGAAUAAAGGAUUACAUGACAUCAAGUAUAAUGUGAAUCCAUUUACUGUGUAUUUGCAACAACAAGAAUUAAAUGAAAAGAAAAAGAAAGAAGAGAUGAUUAAACAACAAAACGAACUAAAGGUCAAGAAGCCCACAAUAAGUAUAGGUACAACAGCGGACCAGAAAUCAAAUCCAAGAAAGCAGCAAUCAACAAAAACAAUUGAAGAAAUCGCAAAGGUUCCUAGAUUUCCAAGAAAAGUAUGGGAGAAUGCACCAUUUAUUGAUAUCCCCUCAGAAAUUAGAAACUCAAUUGAAGUAUCUAUCAAGAAUCAUAUUGAUUGGGUAAAUAAUGAUCACGAUCUACUUAUUGACAAUCCAUCCUUGUCUAAAGUGUAUUUGCAACAAUUGUUAACUCUUGGUUUCAGACAAAAUCAUAUUGAAGAAUCUUUCAAGUACACUUCGAAGUUCAUUGAUUCUAUAGAAUGGUUAUUGUUUCAUAUCCCUGAAGAUGAUUUGCCUCCAACUUUUACCAAAUCGGAAAAGGAUUCGCAAGUCUCAGUUAAGAUUUCUAAAAAUAUUCAAUUGGAAUAUAUGUUGGGCAGACUUAGACAAUCGGGAUUCGAUGAUGAUCAGAUAUUGGCAGAAUUGAAUCAAAAUGAUAACGAUGAAUUUAGGACAUGUAUUCAGUUGACCCAUAGUUUGUUGUCAUACAUUCAAAAACAGGAAAUGGUUGAGAUGUCGAGCGAAGAAAGUCAAGAACUUUGGGAACAAGAGUUAGAAGCAAUUGAAAUGUCAGGAUCCACGAAUAUCAAAUUGGACGACAGCAAGAAAGUUGUAACUAUUAAAUUAAGUCNGAAGCAAUUGAAAUGUCAGGAUCCACGAAUAUCAAAUUGGACGACAGCAAGAAAGUUGUAA